UGAGCAUGUUUCAUCAUGUUUGUCAUUCUAACAGACGUCCUCUCAGGACAACAGAACCAAGUCAUCUGCUACAUUUUCAAGCAGAAAUGGUUCUGUGAGGACAGGAGGGAGGCAACCGCCCUGACGCAGUCCUCCCCUCCUGCUGCCUUUUAUAAGACCGCAGGUCUCCCAAAGCUGGUCUACACAGAAAGGAUGUGCUCCUUGUGCUGUCUCCGUGCCAGACCACAGACACUCCAGGUGCUGUGUGUGCAGAUCUGCAUGUUUUACUCCAGCAUUUGUCUGGUAAGCUGGCCACUGUGCGCAGAGACAGCUAAAGUCCGAUGUGGCUCUGACCUGCUCAGUGACCUCAUGUUUGUCUGUGGGGACCGUGGAAUCUAUUUACGUAAAGGCUUGUGGUCUGGUUAUGGCACUCGGUCCAGAGGGAAGGGGAUAGUGGAUCUGUGUUGCCUGUCAUCAGGUUGUGAACUUCAUCACCUUGAGAUGUACUGUGCUAAACCAAGGAGCCAACAGACCACAUAUUCUCCAUCCACAACAGUACAUGCCACUACACAGCCAAAUUUGCUCCAAGAAGUAUUUCAGAAAAAACUUUUACAGUACCUGGGACCUCCGAGCAGUCCGAAGAGGGAAGCAUACAGAAGGAAUUGGCGGCAUUCGCUUCGGCACAAAGUCAAAGUUUCACGGUCACUAAGGAGGAUGACUGCAUAUGAAACAACAAGUCAGCCGACUGCAGCCAAUAAGAGCGCACUUUAAAGAAUUAUGGGUUUACAGUCCGGAGUUUGAAGAUAAUAUUUAUACUCACAGAAGUCCUGUGGUAUAAAAACAAUCAAACAGUGUAUGUGUUUGAGUAUGUGCAGCGACCCAGACCUCUUAUAUGUUCAUAGAUAAAAGGUCACCUCAGAAACUUUAGAAAUGUAAUCAGACAGCAAACUUCCAGUAACACCACAAUAAACAGCAAUCCAUGUAUGGUUAAGGACAGUGUUUGGUUAACCCCUAGCCCCUUCAUGGAGAAUAUUUGGUUGUUUGUUACACCGAUUUAAAAAAAAAAAAAAUUUGAUUUAGAUUAAAACAAAAGUUCACUCUAACCUCAGACAGGCCACCAGUAAUUUGG